UCUGAUUCCUCCUUCGGGGAAUAUUCUUCUUAUUUAUUGCCAUAUAAUAAAACUUACCGGUAGCUUUUAUUUACUAUAAAUACCUCUCGUCUUGAACGUUCACACCCUCCCUCCACUUUCUCUCUUCGUUCUUAUCCUUAUCCUCUUCCGUGUUCUCUUUUGCUUCUGAUCUCCAAAUCCCUGCAAUUCCAAGACACCAAAUCUCUCAUUCGUCGACAUCAUAUCUUGAAAAAGUCUUGAGAGUUCUUGUUCGAUCUCUUAAUUCUUACGAGAAUUGCUCGUCACGCGGUUUAUGAUCUGAGAAAAUUCUUUCGUACCGCUGCCAUUCAUCCAUAUAUCCUCUGGAAAACAAGCCAAAGGCUUUGUCGAGAUCUUUGUGAUUCUUGAGCUUUUCAGACAGGAAAAUCGUUGAGAUUCUUGAGUUGUAUCACAGAAAUGCCGAUCAAAGUGGUUAUGAUAUGAGAAAUCUCACCGAAUUCUCUCGGUGUCUCGUCUUCCACUCUGUUUCUGUCGUGAUCCUCCACUGGUUCUACGUUAUCUCUUGAGAUCCUUCUCUUCUAUUCGCUCCCACCUUAGUUUUCGUUUAUAGGACCUGAAAAAACGCAGUAAUUUUUGUUAGGACAAAAAUCUUUGUUACGUGUUAGGCAAGUCAGAAAAUGGCAAGGACCCCCCAGACAACGAGCUCUGGUUCAGACAAUGACGGAAGAUACGCGACGAUGGACGAGAAGAAGAGAAAACGCAUGAUAUCGAACAGAGAGUCAGCGAGAAGAUCGAGAUUGAAGAAACAGAAGCAAAUGGAGGACAUGAUCCGUGAGAUCUCCACCUUGGAGAGGAAAAUCAAAGAGAACAACGACAAAUGCAGGUUCAUGAGCCAAACCCUAACAACGAUCGAAUCGGAGAACAAGUUUUUGAUGUCGGAGAAGAAGAGAUUGACGAACUACCUGGCCAAACUGGAGAAGAUCACGGAGAAAUCGACGCAGGACAGCGAUCAGAAUGCGGAAAGCGCAGUAGGAGAUUGCCGAAGAACAUGGCCAUUAGGGUUUUCUGUAGGGAGUGAUGGUUUUGGUUCUCUGCAACCUGCAAUGUCGUAUGGAUUGUUCAAGACAUAAGCCCAAGAAGGAGAAGAAGAAGAUGGUGUUGUUUGUUGUAACGCCAUGCCUUUGUCUCGAACGUUUGUCUGUAUGUUCCAAAAACCAGAUUGUUUUAUCAUAUUCAUAAACAACAGUUACUACUGUUGGCUGCAAUUUGUUUUGUUA